AUGAGCAUGCAAACCGGAAGCGAAGUGAUCAAAGAAGAAGAAGAGGGAACAAAGGAAGUGAUUCAAGAAGAACCAUUAUCACACCCUUAUGCCUUUCAUGUCUCUGGUCCUCGCAAUUUGACCAACCUUAACUGGAGAGACCUUAUUAGUUCUAGCUGGAAGGAUGCAAAUUACAAAAGAACUGUCAUUGCAUGCUUUAUACAGGCGGUUUAUCUGCUUGAACUUGAUAGACAGGAGAACCGAACACCAGAAAAUGCUUUAGCUCCAAAAUGGUGGAUUCCAUUCAAGUAUAAACUCACACAAACAUUGAUCGAUGAAAGAGAUGGAUCCAUUUUUGGUGCAAUAUUUGAAUGGGAUAGAUCAGCAGCAAUGGCUGACUUUGUAUUAAUUAGACCAAGUGGUGCUCCAAGAGCUGUUUUAGCACUAAGGGGAACAUUACUCAAGAGCCUUACAAUGCGAAGAGACAUUGAAGACGACCUUCGUUUUCUUGCCUGGGAAAGCUUGAAGGGCUCUGUGAGGUUUAAAGUGGCUUUGGAGGUACUAAAAUCGGUUUCUGAUACAUAUGGAAGCUGUAAUGUUUGUAUUGCUGGCCAUUCAUUAGGAGCUGGUUUUGCUCUUCAAGUGGGAAAGGCCUUAGCCAAAGAUGGCAUUUAUGUGGAAACACAUUUGUUCAAUCCACCUUCUGUUUCAUUAGCCAUGAGUCUGAGAAAUAUUGGAGAAAAGGCUGAGUUAGCUUGGAAGAGACUUAAAUCCAUGCUUCCUUCAAGUAGUGAAGAAGCUCAAAUCAGCAAUGAUGGAGACAAGAAUGUAGGAUUGAAGAGUUGGAUACCGCGGUUAUCUAGCUUCAAGAAUGCUGGUUUUGGGGUGGGAAAAUGGGUUCCUCAUUUGUAUGUGAACAACAGUGACUAUAUAUGUUGCUCUUAUACUGAUCCUGAAUGCUCAGGAGUGAAAGAUGAUGCUGACAAGGAGAAUAUUGGUCCAACAAAUGGGCAAGUUACGGCGAAGCUGUUUGUUGUCACAAAGGAAAAGCAGAAGUUUCAUGAAGCUCAUGGCUUGGAACAAUGGUGGUCUAGUGAUGCACAACUUCAACAAGCUAUCCCUAAUAGCAAACUCAUAAGCAGGCAACUUAAAUCUUUAUAUACCAGUGGUAAUCCUUCACAAGUAAUGCAGGGAAAACCAAGGUAA